AGUGUCUUCACGUCAAAAUUUUCGCAGGUUGUCGUACGAGACUACCAUGGUGCACUUGCCCAUCUGAAAGGAUGCAGAGGUACAGGUCUGGGGACGAGUUUCCUACGAGGGAGAGCUAUGAUAUAUCACGAGCACACAUAAGCCAGGACGAAGACGAUGGUACUGGUCGCAGCUACGCAGAAGGUGGGGAAUGUCCCGUUCCCUACACUCAGAAGUGCAGUCGCAUCAGUCGGAACCGCUACACGCUUACAAAAGGAGACAGGUCCGUGGAUGUCGACGCGUUAUCAUGCAGACAAGAACACAGCAUCGUCAGUAUGGGCAACCUAUUGUCUUUACUCGAUGCGCCUCCCUCCGAAGUGGUCUUCACAUUGGUCCUCUGUCGCGACGAGCUCGAUGUUCUCCUGGACACUGCCGCACAGGAUGGACCAUCUCUGACUGUGCUUUUACGUGUCCUUGGAAGAGCGUGCACAUGCGAGCACGAUCAUCACGUUCGUCACCUGUUGGCCACAGUCACGUCAAGUGACACAUUUCUUCAGCAUGUCCAACAACAAAUUCUCUGCAGGAUGAGAACGCACUUGUUCUGGAACCACUGUGUUGCACCCUUGGCUGCUAUGCUGGAAAAAACAGCGAAGUUGUUGACAGAUGAGGAGAAGACAAGAGUGUUUGCAAUCACGUCGACUUUGCUGGACAUUGUGAAUAUAGGUCUGCAGGAAGGCAGAACCAUAGAUCUCAACGUCGUGCACAGUGUGGAAAGGACAGGAAUACAACUCGCUGGAGCUACUCAAAAUGAUUUGCGAGGGUACGAGAGACUGUUGGACGCGUACACAGGCAAUGGUGACAGUGACAAUAAAUCGAGCGCCAUUCUAGAAGAACUAAUCACCAGCCGUGACAUCAGUGAGUUCAACUGCGACGGAGAUGCAUUGGCUAGUGAGGUUACUUCGUCAGCAGACUAUGUAAAAUUUCAGAUUAUGUCCCUUCGUUGUCAGUUCAUGUUGCCUCUCGUGAGGACCCUGCGACAAAUGCAAACGUUUACUUCUUCUGGUGAGGCAGCAGCCGUUCCUCUAUAUUCAGGUGUGAGGAUAGGUCAGGUGGUAUGUACAUCGCAUGGCGUGGGCCACAAGGUACUCUAUGUGCCAGGAGAUCAAGCUUCAGGAACACAACUACGACCCGGUUGUAUGGUAUGCAUAAGCAAUGAUAAUUUUCAUAACAUACUGCUUGGAACCGUACUCUGGAAGAGCUCUGAUGACAGCGAGCGAGGUCAUAUUGUUGUGUCGUUUUUGGAAGUGAAGCCAGUCGAAGCGGUUGCAUCGUCCAGGGGACUGGUCAUGUUCGAGACGCCGCUGUUCUACAAAGACCACAAAGCAGUAUUUGACUUGAUAAGACAGUUUGAUGUAAGUGAUAAGCGCAUUCCUUUCUCCCGAUAUCUCAUAGACAAGCAACCAUGUCCUUCGCCUCCUAACUAUGUUGACCACAACACUGUGUUUGACAUGACGAGCUUGUUCAACAAACGUACUUUUGUGCACCCCCUUAAAGACCGCAGCUGGCCACCGUUCAACGAGUCCACUCUAGAUUCGCAUCAGUACGAUGCUUUCCAUUCCGUCAUGUCGCAAGACUUAGCUCUCAUCGAAGGCAUGCCGGGUUCUGGCAAGGCGUAUCUUAUCCAGUGUGUGCUUCGUAUUAUUCGGGAAAACCGUGAGGUCUGCCCAAGCCAGGGCCGUAUGCUCCUUGUAGCUUUAAGAAGUGAAGUUCUCGAAGCACUUUUGACAUUGGUACUCGAAGACUGCAAAGACGUGGUUUGCGUUGACGACUCCGAAGACGACAUGAUAAAGCCAUUUGUUCUGAAGCAGAAGAAUCGGCAAGAUUCAGCAUCUGUUCUUCACGCGCUUCACCAGGAGCAUAAGAAAGAAGCUGGUGAACUAAAGACACGAAUUGCCCUGGAACAGGACAGAAUCCGAAUGGUUCCAACAGCUUUGCUGUCUGAGAAUGAGAUAAAGUGUGCAAUGACAGAUCAACAUUAUAGAAGCCUAUUCUUCAGUACCUCAAACGCACGGGGAAACAUAAUCAGCUUCUGGCUGCAGACGGAUAACAUUGAGGUGUCAUCGAGGUAUGGGUCGCCGUGCCUAAAAGAUCUGACAGACGAUGAUGUUCGCCACAUAAACGAUGUUUGGGCACUUGACAUGGAAAGUAGGUAUCGCCUGUACAGCUAUUGGCAAAGUAGAUACAUCGAAAAGUUGACUGCCAAGCUUGGAAUGCUCAUGGAGCGUUUCAAAUUUCUUGUGGAGUUGCAGAAUGAGGUUCAAGAGGCUCUUGUUCAUGAAGCUUUAAAAGGAGCUUCGGUAGUUGGAUGCACAGUGUCAGCUCUUCCAAAGGUAUGGAAAGCGUUACGAGGGAGCACACCGCAUAUCGCUAUACUGGCUGAAGCUAGGAGCAUUCCUGAAGUUUUCCUCCUACCGUUGGUCAUGCUAAACCCCCGACAUUUGGUGCUGGUAUCGGACAGAGAAAUCAUCCGUCAGAAAGGCAAAGAUUUUGUUUCCCUCUUUGAGCGUCUUGUGGAACAAGGAACACAAUGUAACAUACUACUCGGCCAACAUCGCUACGGCCCAAGUACGUCAGCCGUUCUUGAGUCGUUCAAAAAGAAGAAAUUGACUUCCAGGCUAGAAUACCAUUCAGCUCCUCCUCCGGUUCUGGGUGUAUCACAAAACCUUCACUUUGCCACCCACAACCUCUCUUACGAGAAAAAUAUCUUGAUUGCCAGCACAUUCGAAGCAGAGUUCUUGGUUUCGCUUUCGAAACACCUGCUGUUUCAAGGAUAUCAACCGAAUGACAUCCAGGUAUUCGCGAGCAGCAUUGAACAAGCUAGACUUAUUGAAUCCCUCAUGGAAUCACCCGCACCCAUCGCAGUAAGCGCGAUGCCCACUGCUCCGAUGAAGGUGACCACAAUUGUGCUAUUGUCUUUCGCAGCUUCUUAUCCUGUGACGAACCUUCGCGAGCAAAACGACGCAAUCCUGUCUCAUUACUACGCAAUGUCUUCAGCUGGCGUGGGGCUCUAUGCCAUUGGUAAUGUCGACUACUUAGCAAGUCAAUUUCCCAUUUGGAAAGACGUGCGCAAAGUACUCGAAGAAGAAAACAGCAUUGGUGGUUCUCUCCAGUUGCGCUGCCAAAUUCAUCCUAAUAAGGUGACUAAUAUGUCAUGUGCCAGGGACUUCGACGACGUAUCUGGUGGAGGGUGCGACAUACCGUGCGAGGCGAGGCUUCCAUGCGGCCAUACCUGCCAGAAGAGGUGCCAUGUCAUUGACAGAUACCACACAUACACCACUUGUGGGCAACCAUGCAAGGAACUGCUACCCUGUGACCAUCAGUGCACGGGGCUGUGCGGUGAGCCUUGCCAAAAAGAAUGUCUGGUUAUGGUAAAUGCUCUUUCGCCCUGUGAUCACGUUGUAAGGGUACAAUGCAGCCGCGUCGGUGAUGUGGACUUGGUCAGACGAUCCUGUAGCGAAAUUUGCCGUAAAAAGAUAAGAAAGGGCGUUAGGUGCUCAGGAAUCUGUAGCGAAUGUUAUGCUAAUGGUGUGCACUCGGGCGAUAAUACACGUUCAGGUGGCAAUGAGACAGACGGUACAUGUACAGUGUGCGCAGUGAUGUGAAUAAGUCCCACUACCGUUUCGUUGUACGUAAGUUCUUGUGUGUUGCGAUACCUUCUGUUGUGAAAUGUAAAUAAAUUUGAAAUGGGA